AUGUCUUCAAACCUGCGGUACCUACGUCACGGCGGCCGGAGGGAGGCGGGGGACGGCGGAGGCGGCGGGGCGGCGGGCGCGGCAGCGGGCACUAACGCCACCACGGGAACGGCGCCCCCCGAGGACUUGCUGUUCGAGGGCGAGGGAGAGGCGGGAAGUGUCCAGGAGCAGGUCGUGGUGCGCGGCGAGGAGGUGCUGCUUGAGUGCGUGGUGCCGGACGACGCCCCACAGAUACCCGGGGAUGACAGCGCCGAGGGGGAGGUGCGAUGGUACCACGACGGCGCCAAGGUGCGUGAGGACCUCCGCGUCAGCAUCAUGUGGACGGGGCGCCUCGUGCUGUCCCACGCCGUCACGCCGGACUCGGGGCUCUGGUGGUGCCGGAGGUCAGGCCGCCCGGGACCCAAGCGCCGCCUCUUCGUCACCAGUGAGUGUUAUUAUGAGUUAUAGUAGAAAUAGUAGUAG